AUGAACUUCCUCGUGUCAGCUCCCGGGAAAGUGAUCCUCUUCGGCGAGCACGCAGUAGUGUACGGAAAAACUGCAGUUGCAGCAAGCUUGGAUUUGCGAACAACUCUUCAGUUCAACGAACUUGAUGGCCAGAAUAUUCUUCUGAGUAUGCCGAAGUUGGAUCUGAAAAUUACAGUGUCAUUAGCAGAAGUUAUAGAACUCUCCCAAAAUUCUCCGAAACUUACCGAGGAAAAGCACGAAGAGUUUUACGAAUUUGUAAGUAAAUUCGUGGAUAAGCUCCAGUAUUCAGGUAUCCAAAAAUUGGGCUUAGAAGCGUUGUUUUACUUAUUAAUUGCUGUAACGCAAAGUGAAAGCCUUGAAAUAAAGCCCUUUAGCUUAUUUCUGGACACUAAGCUAUCAAUUGGGUCAGGAUUGGGCAGCUCGGCUUCUUUCGCUGUCUGUAUCUCCACCAGCUUCUUACACUGGGCAAAUCUCCAAAAGAACAAACUGACGAAGCUUGACGAGCUUGAACUCCAGAAGAUCUCCAAGUUUGCGAUGGGCUGCGAGAAGAUUAUGCACGGAACGCCCUCUGGGAUAGAUCACACUGUCGCCAUCUACGGAGCGGUGAUAGAAUUUAAAAAGCCUGACAAGUUAGACCCGAUUUUUGGGGUCAAGACGAUGGAGAUCUUGCUGGUGGACACGAGGGUGCCCAGGAGCACCAAGGACCUGGUGGCGAAGUUCAAGGAGUUGAAGAUCAAGUUUCCGGGAAUUGUGGACGCCAUCUUGGACGCCAUUGACCAGGUGGCUCAAGAAGCCCUUAAGGUGAUCAGGAAGAUGAGGACGCUGGAUGAUGAAGAUCACUGGAGGGACCUGGGUGCUCUUGUGGAGGUCAAUCAUGGUUUGCUGGCUAGCUGCCAGGUGUCCCAUCCGGCGCUGGAAAAGAUCUGCGCGGUGGCAAGGGAGAACAAGCUUAAGGCCAAGAUGACUGGAGCUGGUGGAGGAGGGUAUGCUUAUGUUCUUCUGCCGCCUGGUGUCGAGGAGGAGAAGGUCCAGCAGGUCACGGAGACUAUGCAAGGAUACGGGUUCCUGGUCACCCGAUCGAGUCUUGGAGGUCCUGGAGUUAAAAUUGAUUGA